UUGUGGUUGUGACAUUUACAUUUACUAUUUACACUUUUCUAAUUAUCUAUUCUAUUUUCAAAAUUCGCAACGAGAAUUUAAUGUAAGUUAUGUCUGAUAAAAAGGAACUGAAGAAAAUGAGCCGCCUACAUCGAGCCCGGAGUGAAUUCCUUCACAGUAGCUCGACUGUAUCAAUAAGGAGUAAUUUCAGGGAUAGUUUUUUUAACAAAUUGAAGAUGAAUCGCAGCAGAAGCGUCGAUAGAUUUAGGCAAAUAGUAGAGGACUACAGCGAAUUGAUCAGUUAUAGGUCGAUAUCAGAUUUGAGGAGAGCUUUGGAAUCCCACCCGGAAGCCUCUAAUUUGAUGAGGGAAUCUGAAGUUAACGAGCUUUUGUCCGAAAUCGAAAGCGAAUUGGCCCAAGUCGAAUUGGAAGACAAAGGGGACCAGCAUCUAAUACAAACGCAGGCAGAAACGGAAGACAUUCUCAACCGUCAUAUGACCUGCAAAAUUUGCCACAAUUUGAGCCUCGAGGCAGAUAUUUGCAGCCAUUGUGCUGUACACUUUCAACGUGAAUUAACAGAGUAAUUCACGAACCUAUGUGUUUCUGUCAGAUUGUUGUUGUUAACAAAUCUCUGUAACGGUGAAUAGUCUAAUUUUAUUAUUGUUAUUUAUAUGAAGCUUUUAGUGGUAUGUAUAAAUCUUAAAAGUUAUUUCUGUUCGAAAUUUCCUGGGCGAGACCCUCCUUAAACUAUACAUGACUACAAUAGAUAACUUGCCAAGUUUUAUGCUUAGUACUUAUUUUUAAAUUAUUUAUAAGACUGAUUUUUAUUAAUUUACUUAUUUCUAUGAAAUCGAAAAAAUCCUAUUUUGAAAAAUAAGUUGUUUUAUUCAGUUGUAUAUGUGAAUUGCUUUUAGGUUUUUUUAUCAGUGAGACUAGAAUUAUUUUGUUUAAAAUAUGGUAAAAUAAGUUUUAUUUGCAUUAAAUCUAUUUUCAUCAAAUUAGACUAUCUCAUCCAGUAUUUAUAUUAUAUGAUAUAUAUAACGUAAUUGUUGAUAUUAUUUUGAUGAGCGAUUCUUGUAAGAGUUUUUAAUUUCAAUGUGAUUCAAUGUUUGUCCUGUUAUUGAUUAUGUUUCAUGAUAUAAUUUUGUUUUAAGGAAGCACAAGUGAAACAACCUUCAAGAUUAUAUCAUUGCAAUUUUAUUAGAUGUUGAACUAAUUAUAUGACCAAAUGAAUGUGAUCUACUUGCUGUACCAGAUCCAAAACGAAAGUAUAAGACCGGCAAGAUUAUUAAAUUUGGAGUAAGGAAUUUAUUUUUAUUUUUUUCAGUGCAGCAUGUACUGUUAGAUGUGAUAUUAAUAAAGAAAAUGUUUCUUUUUAUAA